CUCUUAUAAAAAAAAAAAAAAAAAAAUGCUGCCUCCUAUGAUGACCCGUUACCAUCGACGGAUUCGUCGCGCCAAAUUGAGGGCGAGGUCAGAAUUGGAUAUUUUUCAAUGGGAUAAGCACCAAUUCGCCCAACAUGACUUUACUAUCCCCGAUUCAUACGAUACCCUUGAGCGAAUCGAUUAUGACAAAGUCUCGAGGGAAGAGUUUAUUGAAUUGUAUGAAGAAAAAUACAAGCCUGUAGUGAUCCGCGGUGUUAUGGAAGACUGGGAUGCCUGCAAGAAUUGGAAUAAAGAGACAUUCCUUAGAAAAUAUUAUUCUCAGCCAUUUAAAGUCGGCGAGGACGAUGACGGUAAUAAUGUCUAUGUUAAAAUGAAAUACUUUCUCAAAUAUGCAGAGACGGAUGGACUCAAGGACGAUUCACCACUUUAUAUUUUCGAUUCGGGAUUUGUAAAACGUAAAUUGACACCAGUACAGAAACGACGGAUUUCUGGAUCUGCCUCGUCAUCCUCUUCAUCAUCGUCGGGAAGAAGAAGGAAAAAGACUGCGACGAAACCUUCGCCCUCCUCCCCUUCUUUGAUGUCAAAAGGAGGAAAUGAUGGUAGCGAUGGUGGAGUAGCAACAGCAGACUUUUCAAGCAGCGCUAAUGAGUGGAUGACAAAUGGUGUGACCCCUGGAUCGAAAAGGGCUCGCUCACGCUCCAAUUCGCCUUCAAGUGGUUCGAAUAAAAUUAUCCGUGUAUUUGGGAAGCGUAAUAAUGAGAAUGGCAGCAGCAACAGUUACAACAGCGAUAGUCGAAUAGGAACCCCCAUGCCGCUUAGUACAGGUGGACGACCAUCAAAGCGGGAAGAAGAACAUGCAAGCACUUUACUGAAUGACUUUAUGGUUCCUAAGUACUUUAAAGAUGAUCUUUUCCAGCUAGCAGGAGAUCGUAGGAGACCGCCAUACCGCUGGUUUGUGAUGGGCGGACCAAGAAGUGGCACUGGAAUCCACAUUGAUCCACUAGGGACUUCUGCUUGGAACACACUCACGACGGGACACAAGCGAUGGUGUCUUUUCCCUCCAGGAAUACCCAAAGCCAUUUAUGAUCCACCGAUGAAGCCUUUCGAUCGUGAGGCUGUCUCAUGGUUUCAUCAUGUCUAUCCACGCUUCGCAGCAAAUGACUUUGAGCUUGGCAAGAAGUAUGGUAUGAUUCAAGUCAUUCAACGCCCUGGUGAAACCAUGUUUGUUCCAGGCGGAUGGCCACAUAUCGUGAUGAAUCUUGACUUUACAAUCGCGAUCACACAGAACUUCUGUUCUCCAGCCAAUUUCGAAGGAGUAUGGCUUUAUACACGACAUGCGCGUCCUAAGCUAGCCAGGAAAUUCCGAUCUGAAAUCGAACGGCUGUAUAACAAGACAGGACGAUGCUAUUAUAAGAACUUGCUAGACAAAUGUAGGUCACUUGCAUAUGUUCCGAUGCUUCCAAUGUCUACUGAUGAUAGUAGUAGUUCAAGCAGCUCGAGUUCGGACUCAAGUGAUGAUAGUGAUGUGAGUUCGACUGAAAGCGAGAGCGAUGUCGGUGAAAUUUGUAUGUGCCACAAGUGUAAGAAACGAAGAAGAAAAGAAGCACGUCGAGCUAGCAAGGACAAUGACAAGAAAACUGAGAAAGUUACAGAAUUGUAAAAUCGGAUUUAAAAAAGUACAGUACUGUACAUUGCAAGAAAUAAAGGCCCGAG